CUUUCACACACUCAUCCCAAAACUCAAAACUCAAAACCAUUUCAUUCUCAAUCUCCAAAGAAAAAAAAAAUCAACAAAAAUAUAUUAUCAUCAUUAGGGCAUGGAGAUUGUUCCAGCAACAUACUACGAGAAUUUGAAGAAGUAUUGGAGGAAGAGGAAGUACCAGAGGCUUCAUGGCGGCUCAAACCAGAGUAAGAGAAAGCUUCUCAUCACCAGGCUCGGCGACGGCGGCGGAAGCCGGCGGCGGCAGUGGAAGAUGAGAAGUUGUAAGCCUAAGCUGACGAUGAUGGUCGGCCUGAGGAGAGUUCUUUCUCCGGCGAAGCUUUUGGCCAAGUUUCAUGAGACUUACGUGGACUUAAUGAUCCGGUUGGCCGGAAAUGUGGCUAGUAAGUCGACCGGAGCCGGAGCUUUUUCCGGGAAGAAGGUGGCGAAAACGAAGCAGGUUGCGAUGGCUUCUAGUGGCGGUGGUGAUGGGGAUUUAGUUGACGGUAGAUUGUUGCUGGAGAUUUACAAGAGGUUGGCAGCAUCUCGAGAAAUGGUUACCUAUUAAUUAAUUACGCUAUAUAGUCCAUGUCUACGUGAGAGUAUUUGUGUUUAUAAAAUAUAUAUAUUUCUGAUAAAUAUAUUUAUAUAUAUAUAAAUCUAUAUAGCAGAGUAAUCGUCUCACUAAUUUUUUGAAAAUUCCAAAUAAUUUAUAGUGUCAAAAUCAAAGCUCAAAUAAAAUGUUUUUCACGCGUAUAAAAAAAAAUAAUUACGUGUGCAAUUAAUUAUUUGAACUCUGAUUUCGACUCUGUAAAUUAUUCAGAAUUUUCUAAAAGUCGACAAUAAAUCUGUUAUAACUAUAAUGUACGUCAUCAUGUAAAAAAAAUUAUAAUUUAUAUAAGUACAAAAAAUGGAAAAUAAUCCUAUGGUAGAAGCAUAAGCGAUGUUUCUACCUGAGAAAAUUCAUAUAAGUCUAUUAAUGAAAGAAUCAUUGAGUUGUUGAAGUGUUGAUAAUAUUGUUAAGUUUAUUUGGUUUUGGUAAUUGGUGAAGUUUAAAAGCU